UUUGACGAAUCCAAAACGGUAGAGAGCGAGCGAGACUAGUGUGAAGAGAGAGAGAAAGAGGCAAAUGUAGUAUAGAGUGUGAAGGGAUAUUGGGGUCUGGGUUCGUUCUUAUAGUUCUUACAAUCGCCAGGAAUCAAAGAAUCUGUUGGGCAUAUAGGGUUUUUUUUGGAAGGAGGAGACGAAAUCGUUCAGACUUUCUUUCCCCCCGUUUCGUUUGGUGGAGAAAAGAAGGGAAAUGAUUUAACCUAUUUUUGAGGAGUUCUGGUCAUGAGUAUGUUGGUGGGAACAUGCUUGAGCCAAGGGAAUCUGAUAUACCUGUUCUGUUACUGGUUUUAGUUGUGUUUCCUCUAAUUGCAUACAUCUUACUUGGGAAAUGGAACGAGACUUCAAAGAAAAAGGACAGGAUAAAUCAGCUAGCCUUUUUGGCUGCGGAAGAAGCCUUUAAACAAGAAGCAAUGACUGCUGUUUCUACCAGCGUCAUUUCUGAUACGCCAUCUCCAAUAAAUAUUGGUCAUGUUUGUGCUAGGUGCACUGCUCCAGCUACAACCCGCUGUUCACAGUGCAAAUCUGUCCGCUACUGCUCUGGGAAGUGCCAGAUAAUCCAUUGGCGACAAGUACACAAGCACGAGUGUCUGCAAAUAGGCAGGAAAGUUUUGAGCCCAUCACCUGUGCUGACCUCUAGUGAAUUCCUCCAAAAUGGAAAUGGAAAUCAACAGUUAUUUCUAGAUGCGAAUAUGAACCAAAUGAAUGUAACUCCUUUUUCUGAUGAUAGAGUACAUCAAUCUAGUGGUUCAGUUACAUCAACUGAGGCAGGGUAUUCUGAUACCUCGGAAAUCCCUACGAUGGAAAGAAGGUCAAAAGAUAAACGGGGUUCUCGAAGAUCAAAGUUGAGAGAUGACGGAGCCACAUUAGACUCUUCUGAAGAAACAACCAGCAACAGGGCCUUUACUUCUUACAACUUUUCUGGUGUUAUGGCAUCAGAUGAGUUGAAUAAUGCUGAUUGUAUGCACCAACAAGAAGGAAGUCUUGGGGAGCCGGGUGUUGAUAUAUAUGGCACUUCUGAUCAUGGACCUAGCGCUUUUAGAACCACUCACCAAGAAAUACAUCUUGAAAGUAAUUCGAGCACUAAUGUAAACAUCAACGGAGACUUUUCACCAGAAGGAGGAUGCUUGUUCAGGAAUGGAUUUGAUUCCAAUCGAGAAUCUGCAGGAUAUAACUGUUCUGAAACAACCUUAACAAAGAGGAGCAACAAAGGAAAAAGUUCAGGAACAAAGUCACAUGUAUCUGUUAAAGAACAAUUGCACCCGGAAACCCAUGUAAAAAGACAUGAUGCAAAUGAGACAAAAGCCAGACAGAAGGACAAUGUUAUUGGGCAGGGGAACAAUAAGGCUUCAAGCAUGGGAAUCAUGAAGAUGAUUGGUAUGAGGAAAUCAUCCAAGCUAGGCAGACAAGAAACACAUGAUGUUUCAUUUGAGAAGGACAAGAAACUAAUGAUGCUAUUCCCUUAUGAAGAGUUUAUGAAGUUUUUUCAGUAUGAGAUCAUUGACUUAUCUCCUAGAGGGCUCAUAAAUUGUGGGAACAGUUGUUAUGCCAAUGCUGUAUUGCAAUGUCUGACGAGCACGAAGCCUCUGACUGUCUAUUUACUUCAGAGACAACAUUCCAGAUUUUGCUGUGUGAGAAAAUGGUGCCUUAUGUGUGAACUUGAAGAGCAUGUAACAAAGUCAAGAGAAAGUAGGGGCCCUUUAUCUCCCAGCAGAAUUCUUUCCAAAAUGCAAAGUAGUAAUUGUCAUAUUGGCAAUGGAAGUCAAGAAGAUGCUCAUGAAUUUUUAAGGCUUCUUGUUACCUCCAUGCAAUCCAUCUGUUUGGAGGGUUUGGGAGGCGAGGAUGCGGUUGAGCCUAGGCUGCAAGAGACAACCUUCAUACAAUAUGCUUUUGGGGGUCGUCUUAAAUCAAAGGUUAAAUGCUUGAGAUGUUUUCACGAGUCAGAACGAUACGAGAAUAUCAUGGAUCUCACAUUGGAAAUUUAUGGUUGGGUCGAGUCAUUAGAGGAUGCCCUGACCCAGUUCACGACUCCCGAGGAACUGGAUGGAGAUAACAUGUAUAGAUGUGGAAAGUGUUCUGCGUAUGUUCGGGCAAGGAAGCAGUUGAAGAUACAUGAAGCCCCCAACAUUCUGACAAUUGUGCUAAAGAGAUUUCAGGAGGGAAGCUAUGGAAAAAUAAGCAAGUGCAUAACCUUUCCAGAUAUGUUGGACAUGAUCCCAUAUAUGACUGGUGAAGACACUCCUCCUCUCUACAUGCUUUACGGAGUAAUAGUCCACGUGGACACACUGAAUGCAUCGUUUUCUGGGCAUUACGUCUCUUAUGUGAAGGAUCUCCUUGGCAAUUGGUACAGAGUCGACGAUACUGAGGUCCAAUCAGUACAAUCGAGUCAAGUGAUGUCGGAAGGAGCGUAUAUCUUAUUCUACAAAAGGUCCUGUCCUCGGCCAGCAAGGAAACUCAACCGUCACUCAACAUCAAAAAGCGAAAAGCAGUCGCGAAGCAAAGCCAACGUUGAGCAGUUUGUGAACAACUAUGAAGAUCUUCUUCAGUCAGAAACGAAAUUCAGUCACCACACCUCGUCCUCCAUUGAAGCUGCUAGUGCAGAGCCAUUAAGCAUGGAGUUUUCAGAGGCGACAUUAUCUAGCGAUUGGUCCAUGUUCACAAGCUCAGACGAAUCAUCAUUCACUACGGAGAGCACCAGAGAUUCUUUCAGCAACGAUUCAUUCUCUUCAAUAUUUGACAACUUGUACGGGCAGACUGAAUAUAAUAAUAAUCCGGCGUCCCAAAGAACAGUUAAAUGUAGCAUGUCUUCUGGUAGCAAGCCCCUGACGAGAUUUGACCCAGACAGAAACGGUUUUGUUGCGAGCUCAUAUUUACUAUAGAAUCGACCCAUCUGACGUAUUCGAAGGAGGAGAAAACGCGAUGAAGGCAGUUGACUUUUUACCUUCAUCCUAUCACUUCCCUUAUGACAGUAAGUAACUAUCGUCGUCGUCCCAACUGUAUAUUAUCAUUAUUAUUAUUAUAUAUCGAAACUAAAUAGGCGCUGCUUAUUCGUCGUAAAAACGAACCAUCUAGUAGAUAUUUUCAGAACAAAAAAUUAUUUACCCAGUUAGGAAGAGCAUUUUGCUUAACUUCCUGUUUUGGUUUUCAUAUACAAUUGAAUUGGGGGGUGUAA